UUUCAUAAAUAAAAGUCCAAUAUAUUAACUAGGCACCUUCUUAGUUGUUUCGAACAUUGUUUUCCAUUUAAUCUUUUAAUCUUAAUUAGAUCCUGAAGAUUGAUCAUGGAUUCUAUUUCAGCUUCAGAACAGCGCAUAGAGAAUAAUGUCAACAAUAAGAAGUUUCUUCCAAGAAAGCCUGCAAGACAACCAAAUCCAGUUGUAUAUCGAAAACUGCGUCGAGGAUCAGCUGCAGCCAGAAUUCCUGAGAAGCAAACAGAGCUUUCUACUAAGGAGUUAUUGAGAACUAUUGCGUUCUUGACAUACGCUAAUGGUACACAGCCUGACAAAGCAUAUAUCAACGAUGAGAGGGAAGAGUGGAUCACAAAUAGUGAGGACGAGCGUGAUGAAAAGGGAAAACAAGAAAUCGAGAUGUCAAUACAGAAAUUUAGCAACCACAACAACAAUGACUACAUCAAAAAGCAGAAAAAGAAAAGUAACCAUAUUGACAAGACAAAGGUAAACAAGGAAUGUUGCGGUGUUUCUCGUUCCCCCUCCCACGUGAUAUACGUGAAAGACACGAUCCAAACUUCAGGUUGCAACCAAGAACAAGGAUUAACACAAAAGUUUCACGCCUCUUGCAAAGCAUUUAUACAAUUCUGUUCAGCAGAGAUAAUUUGUCCACAAGAAGAUCGUUCUGCAUUGGCAAUUAAGUUAUAUGGGAUUCAAGCAGCACUUUUAUCAGCUUUGGGAAAUCCAUUUGAAAAUCUAUCACAAACCAUGGCUUCAAGAAACACUUCACAAAUACAUCUAGUAAGCUCAGAGAAAGCAUUUAUUGGUUUCUUACCAGCAAUGAUAUGGAGUGGAAUGAUCACAUUGAGCUUUUUAUACACAGUGAUGGUAGUUUGGUCAUUGAGUUAUCGGGUUCCUAUUAUCUCUAUGUUAUGUCUUUGUCUUCUGUAUUGUUUCUCUGUGUUGGUAGCUGCAGCUUCAGGGUUUAACGUUAUAUAUGGGACGUUUAGAAUUAGUGGCAUUUUAUUUGCUUCUUUAGGAGUUCUUACUUUUAUUAUCGUCCUUUUUGUUUUGAUCAUGUUGGUGCUUUUUGUUUGCUGGCGACGUACAGACCAAGUAGUGGUAUCAAAGUGACUAUUUGUUUUAGUAGCACCAUUGUAUUAAUAUCUUAAAUGUUUAUGCGUAGUAAUGGAAAUUUUUUUCUUAGGUAGAUAUUUUAAGAGAA